AUGGGCUUUGAGCUCCUGUUCAAGGCCCUUUUCAACUGCUCGAACGACUCGGCGCUCACAACCGGUGUCAAGGGCGCCUUCGUUGAGGGCUGCGCGUGCAGCAUUGCGAGCCAACUCACCUACAUGUCUGAGGGACUACCCUUUCACGUCGCCGCGCUGCUUGUUGCAAAUGGUACGGACGCUUACACCCGGCUCCUUCAAGCACUCAAUCUGGUUGUGCUUAACUUCCAUUCACUCGUAGUUCAUGUCAUUUACGAGGCAUCCUUGGGGCUACCCAGGCCGCGCGAGGCAGUCCUCGAGGCCGCGUAUGUUCAUGGAUACAUCACGGGCUGUCUCACCAGAGCGAUAUCAUGA